AUGGGGAGCCUGGAGGAUCAGAAGAAGAUGAUCCUGCCCUUUGCGCAGAGGGCGCAGGAGGUGGAGAAGGCGGACCCCAAGGUGGCCUACUACUGCCGCAUGUAUGCGUUGGAACAGGGCCUGGAUAUCCCCAAGGAUGUGAGGGCCCGGGAGAUUACCGCGGUGCUGGGGGCUCUGAUGGACAAGCUGGAGAAGGACAAGCGGGUGGUGCAGCUGGGGGUGCGCGAGGAGGACGCGCUGCAUUGCGAGAACUUUGCCCUCACCGUGUUCAACCGCGCCGACCGCGUGGACCGGGCGGGGCGGGCGGACAAGGCGACGGCCAUGCCCUUCUACGCCGCCUCUUACUUCUUCGAGAUCCUGCGCCACUUUGGCGACCCCGCCCCCGACACGCAGCAGAAGCAGCGGUACGCCGCCUGGCGCGCCGCCGAGAUCAGCCGGGCGGUGAAGGAGGGGCGGCAGCCCGAGGCGCCGCCCGCGGCGCGGCAGGACACGGAUGAGGAGGCGGCGAUGCUGGAUGAGCUGGCCAAGCUGGAGACGGCUGGCGCCAGCUCGGCGCCCGCUGCCGCCAGCUCAGCGCCGCCGCCGCCGCCGCCGCAAGCGCCCAGCGGCCGCCUGGCGGGCCUGCCGCCGCCGGUGGACGACUGGGGCGCGCCGCCGCCGCCGCCGCCCGGAGCGGCAGACGGCGGCGACGGCAGCGGCGGCGAGCUGCGCCUGCCGUCUCCGCCGAAGGAGCGACCCAUCGACAGCCAGCGCAGCGGCGGCGUGUGGCAGCCGCCGCCGCCGCGACGCUUCCAGACGUUCCAAAAGGUCCUCUUCCUGCCCGAGGAGGGCAGCAGCGGGGGCCCUGUGCGGGGUACCGUGGCCAAGGUGGAGGAAGGGGCCCACCCCGAGCACCCUACCUACCUCGUGGCCCUGCUGGACCGCAUCGCUGCCGUCGGGGACGCCUCGCAGCUGGCGCCAGAGCUGGCCACGGGGGAGACGGUGAUGUACCACGGUCCCAGCGGGCACAGCGUGGAGGCCACCGUCGCGGAGCUAGACCUGGGGCACUGGCCGCCCAGCUACCUGGUGCGGCUGGCAGACGGGAACUAUGUGGACACCACCGCCGACCGCCUGCACCAGCUGCACGUGCCCAAGCCGAGGUCGGAGGGAGCCAACCUGGACAGCCUGCCCAGCGGCGGCCUGCCCCCUCCGCCUGCAGCUGCAGCGGCCGGCGGCGGCGGCGGGAUGUACCCACCACCGGCGGUGGGCUUGCCGCCGCAGCAGCCGCCGCAGCAGCAGCCGCCGCCGGCUGCGGCCGCGCCGCGGCCGGCUGCCAGCGUGCCGCCGCCGGUGCGCCCGGCGGCGGUGGCGGCUGCGGCGGCGCCGCCCAUCCCGCAGGCGGUGCCCGGCUUCCAGCCGGGGCUGCGGGAGAUGUCAGACGCCGCCAAGCUGGCCAAGUCGGCCACCAGCGCUCUCCAGUUCGAGGAUGUGACCACUGCGGUCAAGCUGCUCACAGAGGCGCUCAGGCUGCUCACGCAGCCCAAGUGA